UACCCUGCAAGUGAGAUGAACCCUUUAUGGCCGAAUAGCACAGCAAAUGUUUUUUUCAUCUCUUUAGGACCUCCAGCCAACCUGUUUCAGCCGCCUCGUCGUCCUGGCCUUGGCACUGUUGGGAAACCAAUUCGACUUUUAGCCAAUCACUUUCAGAUUCAGAUUCCUAAAAUAGAUGUGUAUCACUAUGAUGUGGAUAUCAAACCGGAAAAACGGCCUCGCAGAGUCAACAGGGAGGUGGUAGACACCAUGGUGCGGCACUUCAAGAUGCAGAUAUUUGGUGACCGGCAGCCUGGCUAUGACGGUAAAAGAAACAUGUACACAGCGCACCCACUGCCAAUCGGACGGGACAGGGUCGAUAUGGAGGUGACCCUUCCAGGUGAGGGGAAAGACCAGACCUUUAAAGUGUCCGUUCAGUGGGUGUCCGUUGUGAGCCUUCAGCUGCUGCUAGAGGCGUUGGCCGGGCACUUGAAUGAGGUCCCAGAUGACUCCGUACAAGCACUGGAUGUCAUCACAAGACACCUUCCUUCCAUGAGGUACACCCCAGUGGGUCGCUCCUUUUUCUCACCUCCUGAAGGCUACUAUCACCCUCUGGGAGGAGGCAGAGAGGUCUGGUUUGGCUUUCAUCAGUCCGUGAGACCUGCCAUGUGGAAUAUGAUGCUCAAUAUCGAUGUAUCUGCGACUGCUUUCUACCGGGCUCAGCCUAUCAUUGAGUUCAUGUGUGAGGUUUUAGACAUUCAGAACAUCAACGAACAGACCAAACCACUGACCGACUCUCAGCGCGUCAAGUUUACCAAAGAAAUCAGAGGUCUCAAAGUUGAGGUGACGCACUGUGGACAGAUGAAACGGAAAUACCGAGUUUGUAAUGUGACUAGACGGCCAGCCAGUCACCAAACUUUUCCUUUACAGCUAGAAAAUGGCCAAGCUAUGGAAUGUACAGUGGCUCAAUAUUUUAAGCAAAAAUAUAGUCUGCAGCUGAAAUACCCCCACCUCCCCUGUCUCCAAGUGGGGCAAGAACAGAAGCAUACAUACUUGCCACUUGAGGUGUGUAACAUAGUGGCAGGCCAGCGAUGUAUCAAGAAGCUCACAGACAAUCAGACUUCCACGAUGAUCAAAGCCACAGCACGAUCAGCUCCUGACAGGCAGGAAGAAAUCAGCAGGCUGGUGAAGAGUAACAGCAUGGUGGGAGGACCUGAUCCGUACCUUAAGGAAUUUGGUAUUGUCGUCCACAACGAGAUGACAGAGCUCACAGGCAGGGUGCUCCCAGCCCCGAUGCUGCAGUACGGAGGCCGGAAUAAAACAGUAGCCACACCCAACCAGGGUGUCUGGGACAUGCGAGGAAAGCAGUUUUAUGCUGGCAUUGAAAUUAAAGUUUGGGCAGUGGCUUGUUUUGCGCCUCAGAAACAAUGUAGGGAAGAUUUACUAAAGAGUUUCACUGACCAGCUGCGUAAAAUCUCUAAGGACGCAGGCCGUAAAAUCUCUAAGGACGCAGAAAUGCCCAUCCAGGGCCAGCCCUGUUUCUGCAAGUACGCACAAGGGGCCGACAGCGUGGAGCCCAUGUUUAAACAUCUGAAAAUGACAUACGUGGGCCUGCAGCUAAUUGUGGUGAUCUUGCCCGGAAAGACGCCGGUGUAUGCGGAGGUGAAACGCGUUGGAGAUACCCUGCUAGGUAUGGCCACACAAUGUGUCCAGGUAAAAAACGUAGUGAAGACCUCACCCCAAACCCUCUCCAACCUUUGUCUGAAGAUAAAUGCAAAGCUCGGGGGAAUUAAUAACGUGCUUGUACCUCAUCAAAGGCCCUCCGUGUUCCAGCAGCCUGUUAUUUUCCUGGGCGCCGACGUCACGCACCCCCCGGCCGGGGAUGGGAAGAAGCCUUCCAUCGCCGCCGUGGUCGGCAGUAUGGACGGCCACCCCAGCCGGUACUGCGCCACCGUCCGGGUGCAGACUUCCCGGCAGGAGGUCUCCCAGGAGCUCCUGUACAGCCAGGAGGUCAUCCAGGACCUGACGAACAUGGUCCGAGAGCUGCUGAUCCAGUUCUACAAGUCCACCCGCUUCAAGCCCACUCGGAUCAUCUAUUACCGCGGAGGGGUGUCCGAGGGGCAGAUGAAGCAGGUAGCUUGGCCAGAGCUAAUAGCCAUUCGCAAGGCAUGUAUCAGCUUGGAGGAAGAUUACCGGCCAGGAAUAACAUACAUUGUGGUGCAAAAGAGACAUCACACACGACUCUUCUGUGCAGAUAAAACAGAAAGGGUGGGGAAAAGUGGAAAUGUCCCAGCAGGCACUACGGUGGACAGCACCAUCACGCAUCCCUCUGAGUUCGACUUUUACCUCUGUAGUCACGCAGGAAUUCAGGGAACCAGCCGUCCUUCGCAUUACCAGGUCUUAUGGGAUGACAACUGCUUCACUGCAGACGAGCUCCAGCUGCUGACGUACCAGCUGUGCCACACCUACGUCAGGUGCACUCGCUCCGUCUCCAUCCCAGCCCCUGCGUACUACGCCCGCCUGGUAGCCUUCAGGGCAAGGUACCAUCUGGUGGAUAAGGACCAUGACAGUGCCGAAGGCAGUCACGUGUCGGGACAGAGCAACGGCCGGGAUCCUCAGGCCUUGGCUAAAGCUGUGCAGAUCCACCAUGAUACCCAGCACACAAUGUAUUUUGCCUGAGAAUCUCAGAAAAAGAACUCAACCAGUUUGGCAUCCCACGCAGCCUCAAAAUGUCCCCAAUGCCUGCCACCUCUAGAGAGGGCCAAGUUGGCUUCAGGUGGUCUACCAGCAGCUCGGGAUAGUUGCACUGAUCUGUAUUUUGCAGCACUGUCUGAUGCGUCAACAAAAUUGAGCCAUUUUUUUAAAGCAGUAGAUGCUCAUAGAUGACCUUUUCUGAUGCACUGGACCGAAUUUUUACCUCAAUGUGCAAAGGCCGAUCGGCCUGAACUUUCUAAAGGACUUUAUGAGAAAGGUUUCUAUGGAAUAUUUUGCUAGCUGUGGUGUUCACCGCAUCCCUCUAGUCUUAGAAGAGAAGAUUAGUCCUUUUUUUUCCGCAUCCAUUGAGUGGGGUGUAUGCAUAGGUGGGAGAGCAAAACCAAACAAUCUUCUUCAGUUCAGUGUAACUAUUUGUGUGGGUCCAUAGACUUUUCGAUGGAGAUGUCUGACUUUGCCACUGUAAAUGCCUUUAACGAGCAUUACUUUUUGAACGUUUUACAGAGUUUUAUUCGUUUUACUACUUUUUCUUAUUGAUCUCUGCAGACUCGCGCUGGUGCACGUGUAGACUGCUAGGCGAUUGCACUAAAUCUGGCUGCAGAUUCCAAUAGGCAGUUCUCUGAUUUGGUUGACCUUUGUGAAUGUGUCACGUCAACAGUUGCAAUGCAUGUCACAGUGACAGAUAACACUGCCAUGGUACAAGUACUCAUUUUCUCCCUAUUUGAGAACAAAAAAUUAGCUUUUAGUAUUUUUCCAAGUUUUCAAAAGUGCCCAUUUUAUGCUGCUCUGUGGUUUGUUAGAUCUAAAUGAUUUUUAAACUUUUCUCAUAGAAAGUUAACUUUGGCAAUAAACAUUUUUUAAGGUCCUUCCUGUUCCUUCCCCCGACAAGGUAGUUUUCUAGAUGAGAUUUCAGUAUGAUUUUAUCAGCUAUUUCUUAUAGAUCAUAACUUGGCAAUUUCUGAAACCAGGCAGAAAAGACAUAUAUUUCCAUGCCUUUUUAAAGAAUUAUUUUUACCUAUUUUAUAGUCACAGUUGUUGUCGUGUCACUUUGUUUUAAAAUAAGCUAGAACCAGGAUGCUUCCUUACUGGCUAGGCCUUGCCAGUCCGUAAGGUACAUUGAGUGAUGCUGCAACUUGCAAAACUGUACCAGCAUUUAAAAUAUUUUCCCUGGGAAUCAAGGUUACUCUCACAAUUUCUUGCAGUGCAAAUUUCUUGCUUAAUCUUUCGACCUGAAAUAUACUUGGUGGGUUUUCCUUUUAUUAAGCUAAAACUGUAUAGAAGAAGUUCCUUUUUCUUCACUAGCUUCUGGAUUCCACUCCCUAGGGAGACAGAAUUCCUUAUCCAAAUGAACGGAGUUGAUCUAAAGCAAACAUCAGAUAAAGUGCAGCGGAAACUGUAUUCUGUAUUUAGUGUAGAUAAUACUUCGGGAGUGGACAGCAGUUACAUGGAGUCUUGGUAGUUUCCAGCCAGUGUUUCCCAGACCACAUUUUACUCACCUGCAGUUCUCUAUCCUGGAGUGAGAGAUGGAAAGGGUAUGAAUAGCCCAGAGCCAUACUCCAUAUGGCUGAGGAAGGGACUUGGGGAAGAGGCAGACUCACCAUUUUGGGAUUUUCUUUUUUUUUUUCUUUUUUUGCCUCCUCUGUCCGGAAACUGCUGGUGGGGGAAACACUGGAUCUGGUGGUAAAGGGUGUUUGCUUGAACUCGUUAGCUGGUCCAAAUCUCUUAAGCUAGCCUUCUCAAAAUCCCAGCAAUAUAAAGCACUGUUUUUCUCCAGUCAUUUAAACAAGCUUGUACAUACAUUGAAGUUUACAUUUCUGUGUGCUGUCGAUCAGCGGCGCCGCCAGUAUUUGCUGAGACUGGUCUCCAAGAGCGUUGUUAUCAUAUCUGUCGAGUCCCGCAGCUCACUGCAGUGGAUGCAGACGCCCGAAUCUCUGCAGAUCGUGAGGCGAGAGCAAGUUCUGUGACCGAAGCACAACGUAGGCAGGAGUGGCGACAUGGCAGAUGUUCAUUUCUUAAGACUUUCCUCUUUUGCAAAUACCUCACGUGGAUAAUACAAAUCAGGACAUGUUGGUGAGGGCCUGGCUGCUGCUUUUAUUCACACUUGUUCAGGGAGAGCACAGAAAAGACCCUUCAGCGUGGCCAUUCCAGACCCAAGAGGAGGAAACAUGGAAGCGUUUAGGAAGGACUCACUGAAGUCUAAGAUGUGAAGAAUCUUGGUGGCUGGCUGGCUGGCCAGCGGGCCCCACACCUGCACUUGAGUGCCUCGGGCUUCCUUGGUAAUAACGCACAGAAGAGUGUCACAUCUCACCUGCUCCUGGCGCGCACGGAGUGGGGAGCAAAGCGCAGUGCCCAGAAGCCCUGGCUCACCUGCCUGCAGUCGGGUUCUACGCUCGACCUGGAACUGUAGUUUGUAAGCCCUCAGUCAGUCCCGGCACGCUGGGAUGAAUCAGUGUGGUGGUGGAGGAAAAGCCGGGAGGCCUAUUUUUAUAGGAAAACAGUGCCACUAAGGGUGCAAUGCUGUCAUUUGGGACGAAAAGAAAGCAACGUGGAAAAACUAGGAUUAUUGGGAAGAACUUGCUGAGGGGUGAAUCUUUAAGAGUAUUCACCGCGGAGUCAGAGUUGCAGCGAUACUGCAGCACUGUUGCAAGUCUGAUGCGUGGCUUUCAUUUCAAUUGGCUUGACAAUUUGAACAGGUUACCCCUUCGGGACCGACUGAAUCGUUAUGCAUGUGUCAAUCAAUGGGAGGUGUGCAUUCUCUAGAAGUAGUUUUGAGCUGUUUGGUUUUUUUAAAAUGCAGCCUGUUUAGGCACUGUCACGUGGUGUGAAAGAUUUAAAUGUAGCAAUGCUAAGGAGUAACAAUUUGGGGCUAAGGAAUGGGGACAUUAAGAAAGUGGUGAAGACCCAAAUGUUGAACUAAUUAUGUUUCGUUGUUAUUUUUAGCUGUUGAAUCCUGAGCGGUUUAUAAAGUGAAGGAGCUGGCUCUGUGCAGCCAGUGUUCUGGGCAGGCAGAACGUCUUCAUUCUUACUGUAAAUUCUACUUGCUGCUUCCAAAGGUGAUUUACAAGCAGACAUGUUGUAGAUGGUCUGUAUUUUAGAAUCUGGUGCCCAGCCUCUAUCAGAGUGUACCUACCUGGCUCAGCUACCUACCCGUCCCAUGGGAAAACAGAAUCCGUUGUCUAACAAGGCUCGCACUCUCCACCCUGCCCUCGUGACCUUUUGUGGACGUGCUGUAAGAUUUUCUUACUCAAUAGCAAGGUGGUAGCUCCACUUUCAUUGUGAGAAAGUGGGGGCUGAGGGCAUUGUGUCAAUACUGCUUCAACACCAAGAAUCUUUCCUUGUAAAAUUAAAGGAAAGAUCUUGUUAGCAAUUGACCAUUUUCUUAUGCCGUGCUGUCGACAUAUUCAUGCUUCUUCUGUCUAGUGGCUGAAAAUGUUUGCAUUUGUUCAUUUGACUAAUGGUGUGGGUUUUGUUUCUAUCUUGUUAGACUUGUAAUGUUUUCAAAUGUAUUUUAUGAAAUUUGGACUGGAUGUAUGUCUCUAGCAAUACGAGGUACUUUCUAAACUACAAAGGGAGGGGGUUGUAUUCCCAUGUUGAGAUAAGAUGUUGGUCAUUUAAAAUUUGCAAUUUUUUUUUUUUUGGCCUGCAGGGAUAUUUUGUGGUCAUGUGUUCCCCCCCCAAAAAAAAAGGAAAGAAAGAAAGGAAGAAAGAAAGAAAGAAAGAAAGAAAUAAACAGGCAUUCUUGUGCCAAAA